AUGUUUUAUCCUUUGCUUCACCCCAUUGACAGUGAAAAUUUCAAUCAGUCCGUGGUCGAAAUAAUCAUUAAGCAAAUCAAAACCAUCGCAUUGACAAAAUCUAAGUCGUUCGAAGAGCCCUACUACAUUGGACUUAGCGGCGGAAAAACGUUUUUAGAAAUAUAUGAAGGUUUGAGUAACGCUGCCUUACGAGUCAGCUUACCUCCAUUGAAAUUUUUUCUGAUUGAUGAGCGUUAUGUUCCGUUCAACGACCCUGAGUCUAAUGCCAACAAUAUUUACUUGUCCUUUUUAAGAGGACGCGGGAUAACUCAGAAAAACGCUUUCAUUUUUCCGAACACCAGCUUGCCGCUCGACGAAUGUAUCAGAGUUUAUGAAAAACAGUUGGAAACCAUUUUGAACAACGAUGGGCUCGAUUUGAUUCUUCUGGGCAUGGGCACGGAUACGCACAUUGCAUCUUGGUUCCCGCCAUUAACUUCACUCGACUUGUUAAAUGCAUAUGGAGACAAAAUCUUAGAGUUUGUUGAGCGACAUGAAAUCAUAAUUUUCGGCGCUAGCGGUAAUUUGGCGCAGGCUAAAAUAUUUCCAGCUCUAUUCACCCUGUUCCUUAAAAAUCAGCUUAAACACGUUUCUCGAAUUCGUUGUAUUUCCAGACGUACAGUUACUAACGAUACUUUUCUACCCACACCAGUUGCCUCAUGGACUGAAAAACUCAAAAUUAGACAUCCUCAACCGCAUUGA